UUAGAUUUUUGAUUUGAUAUGAGUAUCUAUGAUAUAUUUAACAAAUAUAUAUAUGAAAUUGAUCAAAUUCUUAUUAAAAAUAAGUCACUAGAAUAUAUUUAUGAAAAAAUCAAAGAUGAAUUAAAAAUAUAUCACGAAAAUCCUAUAUUGCUCAAACCCUAUAUAGAGAACUUUAUCAUUAAAUUAAUUGGGAGUUUUGAUAAAUCAAGAUCAAAUAAUCUUUAUCUGAAAAAAAUUUUAUAUAAUUUAAGCUCAAUUGUUGGUCCAAAAUCAUUUUCUACAUAUUUGCCACAUGAUAUUCAAUAUUUACCGAUAUUGGUAGAUAAUUUAACCCAAUAUGAUCUGGAAUGGGAAGAUGUGUACAUUAAUAUUUUAUGGCUAGCUAUUGUAUGCAAAAAUCCCUUUAAUUUAUCAUUGAUUAAGAGUAAACAAAAAUUCUCCAACCAACAUGUUGGCCAGUCAACUGUAGAAUUAACCCAUAAAAUAACACUUAUAUGUCAAUAUAUGGUAGGUAGUAGUGUAGUCAGGAUAUCUAAAACUGGGGACAGGACGUAUUUAUUGGAUGGCUCGUUAGCUUCCCGUGCUUCAGCCUAUUUAGCAGGGCAGUAUUUGUCUCGACCAGAAAUAUUUCAAAAGGAACUCGCAGGGUUUUUAUCUUGGGCCGUUCAUAACAUCCAUGCACUUUCUCUUGUUACCAUGGAAAACAUUUACACGGUACGAUCCAUACUUUUAGCUUUAUCAUAUACAUUCAAAUAUGGCGGAAGAGAUGAUAUGCUACCCUACGCCAAAGAUAUGUUAGAGAAAUGUCUGCACUUAAAUCAUAUUGUGUCUUCUGAUCAGGUUAUCAUUCGUAAAACAUACUUAAAAUUGUUGCAAAGAUUAGCUAUAAUUAUAUUAAACCCGAAUUUGGCCAUUGAAAGGCAUCACAGAAUAAACAAUCAACAAAUUUUACACAUUAAAGGUAAAAGAAAAGACCGUGAUAAUUCUCAAUUGGUUCAAAUAGAUGAUGUAAAUCCAAAUAUCAAUGAAAAGGAACCCUUUUCUAAAGAAAAUUUGGUUCGAGAUAACGACCAAAUUCCAAAAGCAAUUGAUGUCUCGUUUAAUAUCAUCCAAGAAACCUUAGAACACCUUAUAACUGGAUUGAGUGAUGUUGAUAUGGAUGUAAAUUAUACCGCUGCUAAAGGAAUCGCUAGAAUAUCUCUGCAAUUGCCCGAUGAAUACCUAGAACAUUUAAUGAAAAUAGUUAUUAAAUUGUUUGGCGAUAAUGCGACUCUGAAUCAUUGCCACGGAGGAUGUUUAUGUGUAGCCGAAAUGGCCCGCCAAAAAUUACUUCAAAGUCAAUUUAUCUUACAAAUAAUUCCAUGCUUAAUCAAAGCACUUUUCUACGAAAAAAGAAUGGGCACUACAGUGGUUGGGGAAAAGGUGAGAGAUGCUGCAUGUUAUGCACUAUGGUCAUUUGCCAGGACUUAUCCAUCUAAUCAAAUGAAACAGCAUCUCAAAAGCAUAGUAGAGAAUUUAUUGUUUGUAGCCUUGUUCGACUCAGAUAAAAAAUGCCGAAGAGCUGCCUCAGCAACUUUCCAAGAAUACGUUGGGCGAUAUGGCGAGAAUUGCAUACCAGCCGGUAUCGAAAUAUUAACCAAAGUUGAUUUCUGUGACGUUUGCAACCUUAGAAGAUGUUAUAUUAGUUUGGCUCCUUUUAUUGUCUCCUUAAAAACCUCCUUCCCAUCAGCCUGUGAUUAUAUUGGAAUAGCUGAUGAUCAAUCGGUUCUUCCAACCUUACAUGAAUAUCCCUAUUUCGAACCACUUUUAAAUUUCGUUAUCUCCAACCGAUUGUUAGGCUUUUGCAAUUUAGAAUCAAAAGUUUUGGCCGGUCUUUGUGUGGAAUAUAUGUUAACACGAAUUAUUAAUGCCUUUUACGAUGAUGAAUAUAUUGGUUUCAAAGGUAUUGAUAAAGAGGUUGUUGGGGAUUCACUUUUAAAGGAUCCCACUUGCAAGGAUAUACAAAAUUUGAUAAGAUAUUUUUGCCAAGAAUCUUUGAAAUAUUUUCAAUUAUCACGAGGACAAAAUGAGAACAGCGAUUCAUUUUCUAGAUAUGGUGCGCUCAUUGGAUUGGGCCACAUAUUAAAAGGAACCUUCAACGGAUAUAUUAAAAUUAUUAAAAGAAUCUUCAAUUCACUUAAUCGAUCGAAAUAUAGUAUACAUGAUAAAAGUUUAAAUGUUAUAGAAAGGAAUGAUUCCAUAAAUUAUGAUAAAUUUAAUGAAAAUAAUUGGACUCAUAUCUUAGUGUCACAACAAAACAUCUCAAUGAUACGGCAACUAAUUCACGCUGAAGCCAAUGUUAAAGAAGUUAACAGAGAUAAAAAUUUUGAUUAUGGAACACUUAAUAAUGGUCAAAUCUUGAGGCUAUCGGCUCUUUGUUCAUUGAUAUGCAAUAUGUGCGAUAGCGAGGAUUUGAUGUUUUGUUUAUUGAGAGAAGAUCAAGUAAAUUUAGAUUACUCCUUACUUUUUAGUAUAUUGAACAAUGUUGUUGAUCCCGCGAUAUUUUACCCACAGGAUAUUGUCAAAACUAUUGACCCUUAUUUCAAUCAAAAUGGUUUAUCCUCUCUAAAAGCUCUUGGAGAACUUCUUAUAAAACGUUUAGAUAAUAUCGACCCCCAAAUAACAGAAAGUAUGGAAAUCAAAAAUUUUGCUCGUGAAAAUAUGAAAAAUCAUUAUAUGAAAAUACUCAGGUGUACUAUGAAUCCUGCUCCAGAAGGAGUCGCUGAGGAUAACUUAUUAAUAUCCUCUUGUAAAGCUUUACCAAAUAUUCCGAUUCAACUAUUGUGUUUGCCCGAUAAGGAUAUUAGCGAUAAAAGCGAUAUUCUAAAUAAUUCUCAGGAUCUAUAUGACAUAACACUCAUAUAUGAUGUGUUUACUCAUUUGAAUUCUUCAGGUAGGUUUUCUUGCCAACUGAGAAAGGAGUCUCUUAUAGCAUACACAAAGAUCGUCGUCUCUUACUUGGAUAACGUAAAAAUUACGGACACCUCUAGAUCAACAUUUGACACGGCUAAACUUAUGCAAUGUCUUGUCAUUAGUCUAAGCGAUCGCACCCUCGACCCUUCUUAUGGCGAUAUAGGCCGUGUUGUGCGAAGUGCAGGAGUCGAUUGUGCGGGCACCUUCCUACUCCAUUUUGCCUCUUUCGACACGAAUUUUAUGGUUGCUUCCGCGAUGGCUGCGCAAAGCUGCUCAUCCUGCGACAAACUGAGGCUCAAUGCGUGCACCGCUUUGAGUGCUGUCGCUGCCUUAUACUGUCGUCAAAACGAAAAUGAGAAAAACGAUGAAAAUGCAAAUAUUAAAGAGAUGUUACCUCCGAUGUUGGAGAUAACCAGGAUAUCAUACUUUUGGAAUAGUCUGAGCCAUAUAUACUCUCAAGAUAUAAAUUGGCUAUCUGUUUACCAAGCUUUUCCAGCUUUAAUGCCAUUACUCAAUAUUCCCGAAUGUCGAGAAAAUGCUCUUCUUGAACUUUUAUUUAGCUUUGGCAGCACAGUUUCAUUUACAAGCGAAUCAUCAAUUUCAGCGCUACGUAACUACCUGAAAAAUUCUAAUUCAUAUCAAAUCCAAGCAUUUUCUCAGACAAUAAAUCUCAUAUAUAAAUCUCGAUCACUUAAUCCUUCAUCAUCUCGAUGGCUACAAUUUUUUAUCCUAAAUUGGCUGAGAGCCGUUGAUGCCAUUUUAAAUUUAAAAAUGAUCGUGUACAACCAAACUUAUAUCAAAUUUUAUCAAGAUCUCGUUUCCAACGUAUUAACUAUAUUAAAAUGUCCGCCGAAAAAUAAGUUAGAUAAAAUUAAUAACGGUUUGAAAGUUCUGGGCGAUUUAAUACUUCUUGAUAAAGAUAAUGAUAUAUCUACCAUUGAGUCUUUCAAAGCUCAUCAUGCGUUAGUCAUAUCAUGCCUCGAUAAAUAUCUGAUUCACAAGUAUCCACGGAUAAGGAAAAGAACUGCCGAAAUUAUGUACGAAUAUUUUAUUGUUGCUGACGAAAGUAUUUACAAUCCUGAAACUAUUGAUCGUAUAUGUGAUUUGUUGGUCGAUACUGACUGGAUGGGGCUUAUUGAAAAUAGCAAAGACAAAAGACAUCAAAUUAGACAGUUGCUUGGAUUAUCUAUAUAUUAAAAUCUUCACAAUUUCGCAUAUUAAUGAUUUUAUCAUUUAAAUCACUAUAGCUUAUGCCUAUUCUGUCAACUUUGUAAUUUUUAUCAU